UCAAUCUUACAUAUUUAAGGCCCCCCUUUGGAGGUUUGAAGAGCACUGUCUCUUGGCUUUACCAGGAUUGUAGCUAGCUUUUGUUAAAAAACUCUCCCCUCAAGUGUUCUCAUGGGUUGCCAGGAAGAGCUGUUGAUAGAAAAGGUUUGUGAGAUCUACGACAAACUUUCGAGGUUAGAAAACCUCAAUCCUUCCAAGCAAGUUAAUUCUCUCUUCACCCAACUUGUACAAACGUGUAUGAGCCAAUGCCACAUUGACAUUACCAAAUUGAAUGAAAGAGUUCAAGCUAUUAGGUGUAAGUUAAUUAAGCUUUGUGGGAAAGCCGAGGUCUUAGAAAUCCAUUUCGCUACCCUCAUAGGAUCUCAUGACAAACCACUUAACCAUAUCAAGAUCUUCCCUUACUAUUCCAAUUACCUUAAGCUCAGCCAAGUAGAGUUUUCCAUGCUUAACAAAAUUUGCAGUCGAGUUCCUAAACAUAUUGCCUUUGUGGGUUCUGGUCCUCUUCCCCUCACCUCGAUCAUCCUGGCUACUAAUCAUUUAAGGACUACUUGCUUUCAUAACUUUGACAUCGACCCUUCAGCAAAUGCCAAAGCCAUCCAGCUAGUUUCAUCAGAUUCAGAAUUGUCAAAACGAAUGUUCUUCCACACUGCAGAUAUUAUGAAUGUGUCGAGCAGCUUAAAACAAUAUGAAGUUGUUUUCCUGGCAGCUCUGGUAGGCAUGGACAGAGAAGAAAAAGUUCGGGUCAUUAAACACUUGGCCGACCACAUAGCUCCUGGAACUUUACUGUUAAUGAGGUCGGCAAAUGGUGCUCGAGCCUUCCUAUAUCCUGUCAUUGAUCCUUGUGAUCUUCAGGGCUUCGAAGUUCUAUCAGUCUUUCAUCCUUUGGACGAUGUCAUCAAUUCAGUUAUUAUUGCACGUAAACAUUCUCAAGGGUGAUUCAUUCAUUGAGUCAAGGACCUGGUUCUACCUAACUGUUUAGCAAAUGUUUUGACGUCUACACUUACAAAUGCCUUCAACCAUGGAAACAUGAUUGAAAAAUUGACUGCUGAUUAGCAACAGUCCAGCAUGUUGCCUUUAAUCACUUCCCUGAAUCCUUUGUGUAUCCCCCUUCCAUCCAAGCUCCAUCUCUUAGCUGAUC